AUUCCGAGCUGUUUUCGAGAUGAGAUUACAGCCCCGGUCCGCCACGAACCAGAUAAGCGAGUGUGGGUUUGACAUUGUCGCACUGCUCUGGAAGUAUCCACGUAUCCGAGCAUCUCGACUGUGAUUAGUAAGUCGCGCCACCUCAAGGCGCACAGUUCACGCAAAUCGAAUCUGAAGAUGGAGGUCACGAAGGCUACGAAACCAACGGAGCAGUGGGACAAUGGCCUGGAGUUCCUCUUCUCGUGCAUCUCCCUGUCCGUGGGCUUGGGCAACAUCUGGCGGUUCCCGUACAUUGCCUUCCAGAACGGCGGCGGCACCUUCGUCAUUCCGUAUCUGAUUGCCCUGAUGGUGAUUGGCCGUCCCGUGUAUUAUCUGGAGAUAGCCUUGGGCCAGUUCACUGGCCGCGGAGUGGUCAAGGCCUUCGAUAUGGCACCCCUGCUCAAGGGCGUGGCAGUGGGACAGGUGCUGGCAACGGGGGCCUCGAUUACCUACUACUCGAGCAUCAUGGCCCUGACCCUGAGGUUUCUGGUGGCCUCCUUGGGCUCGGAGCUGCCCUGGAGUCGGUGCUGGGAGAAGUGGGGCAGUGAUUGUCAUGAUGGAAGCAUCGUCAAUGCCACGGGAAAGAUGUCCCCCGCUCAGCUGUACUUUGAACGUGAGAUACUCCACGAAGUCCCUAACAUUGACAAUGGCCUGGGCAUGCCGAACUUGGAUCUGAUCGGAUGUCUGGCCGUGUCCUGGCUCAUCAUUGAAGCAGUGCUGAUACGCGGCAUCAAGAGCAGUGGCAAGGCCGCCUACUUCCUGGGCGUCUUUCCAUAUGUGGUGCUCCUUGUCCUUCUGUUCAGAGCUUUAACCCUCCCCGGGGCCAUGGAUGGCAUCAUUUACUUCUUCAAGCCGCAGUGGCGGCAGCUGCUCGAUCCACUGGUGUGGUAUGCGGCCGUCACACAGGUCUUCUUCUCGCUGGCCAUCUGCUUCGGGACCGUGAUCACCUAUGCCAGCUACAACAACUUUAACAGAAACGUCUACAAGGACAUCGUGAUCAUCACCACCAUGGACUCUUGCUCCUCGAUCAUCGCCGGCUGCAUUACAUUUGGUAUUUUGGGGAAUCUGGCCAAGGAGACGGGAAUCACAGAUAUUGGCAGCGUUGUGAAGGGCGGGGCCGGUCUGGCCUUCAUCUCGUAUCCGGAAGCUAUUGCCCGGUUCGAGUAUGUGCCACAGAUGUUCGCGGUCCUCUUCUUCCUCAUGCUCUUUGUCCUAGGCAUUGGCAGCACCGUGGGCAUGGGCACCUGCAUCCUGCGCGUCGUCCGGGAUCACUUUGGGCCACGUACGACGCCCACAUGGGCUCUGGCCAGCUGUCUGACGGUCGUGGGUUUCGGCGUGAGCAUCGUUUACAUGACGCCGGGCGGGCAAUUCAUUCUCAAUCUGGUGGACUUCUAUGGCGUGUCCUUUACAGCUCUGAUCCUGGCCAUUGGCGAACUGGUGGCCGUUGCCUGGGUCUAUGGCGUCCAUCGCUUCUGUGCGGACAUCAAGUUCAUGAUGGGUAUCGAGACGGGCUGGUACUGGCGCCUCUGCUGGCUGUUCAUCACGCCGGGCCUGAUGGCCGCUGUCCUCUUCUACAUGCUGCUCGACAUGUCGCCCCUCACAUAUAAGGGCGUGGCCUAUCCCGCUUUAGCUCAUGUUUUCGGCUGGUUCUUGGCCGCAUUGGGCCUGGUCCAGUUACCAGGCUGGGCAUGCUAUGCUCUCUACAAGCAACGCCACCGCCCCGGCAGCUUCUUGCAGAAGCUACGUGCCGCCUGCCAGCCAACGGACACUUGGGGACCAGCCAAUGCACAGAUGGAUGUCAGCAGCUAGAAAAUGAGGUUUCUCCAUGGCCUCACGCUGCGUAUACGUAAUGCCAUAAAGUAUGGUAUAAAUAAAAAUAGUUUUAAACAAAAAA